AUGAUUGAGCUUCUCAAGGAACAUUUGGGACCCCAACUCAGGAAGUAUAAGGAAACCUCGGACCAAGCAUUGAAGCAAAAUUUCGACUUGGCGGAGUUUUUCACCGACUACAAGGAGAGAUGUCUAGCCGAAAGCAAGGGCAGCUGUUGUGGGGACACACUCUUGGACCAAACCUAUAAAGACGACAUUCUGGUUGCUCGUAUGAACACUGAAAGAAUUAUCUCUUGUCUUCAGGAAUACGCUGUCUCCCUCAACCAACAAAGUCCUGACUUCCAUCAUAACCACAUAUCCGUUGCCGACCAAAUGGAUGUCCCACAUAACUCGGAAAACACGUCAGUUUUAGCAAACACCGAAACCACCUUCAACCUUCUUCAGUCUGUCUCCGCCGAUGUCAAUGGUUUGCUUUCAACAUUCAAAGCAACAAAUGACGCCAUCAUUGGGAACUCAGUCCUCAUCGGCGACAUUCUCAAACGUACUACUGAUUUGAAGUCUGAACUCGCGGAACACGACGCAACCCUUCAAAAAACCCACGAUGAAGCAAAGCUGAGUCGGAUGAUUGCGGCAGAAUGUCGUGAUCAUGUUAGAGAACCUGUUGCUUUUGAAUCGUUGGAGUAUCGUGUUGCGCCGCCAGCAGAAACACACACAGGCAUUCUGCGAAUUACUGCCCUUUUGACGACCUCUCUUGAUCGAUUCUCUGGUCGCAUUGAUGCCCUCACUGCGGCGCUUGAAGCCCAACAAGCAAAGCCCCAAGCCACGCAAAGUCCCACCGUUUCUCUCGGUGGUCUGUCUCCGUGCCCUGGAGGCGAGUUCCAUGAUAACAUGCACUCGUUGGCUACCACCUGUAUCGCGAUGUCUGAUCGUCUAUUCUCAUUGGAAACCCAAAUGCUCUUGAUCAAGGAUAUGGUUGCUCACAAGGCUCCGCCAAAUGCCAAUGGGGCACCCACGUCUGUCAACCCGGUGAAUGCCGUGAAUAUCUCUUCGCACCGCGACGAAAUGGGCUCCAAUGUCCCCCAUUCUACGCCUACCUGUAGCAGACCCCACACUCCUUCCGCUACGGCCCAUGAGCCCACCCACCUCCGUCAUGCGGUGGCAACCCCUGCAGAUCUCGACGCCGUUUUGCAGAAUUUUUCUCAAUGUGAUAUCCAACUUGAGGAAGAAGGCGCCAUGUGA